UAUUUUUCAGCUUUCCGCCUAUUCGCCCGGCCUUGUUUAGUGAGCUCGAAAUUUCGGUUCAGUAGCCCUUUAACACAUAAUUUUCAGAAUUCCAAAGUCUGCUAACAGUGGGCGGUUCAAAGUGGGUGCUUCUGCAGUAUUUCACAGUACUUCCAUCUCAUCCUUUGAGAGCGAUGAUUAGUGUUCUGCAUCAGUGGUCAUUCACGUAAAGAGACCGAUAUUAGGGGAACGCUAUCUAACAAUCAAACAGUGCAUGUAUAACGUUGACGUUUGCUUCUCAACAAUUGCCACAAUAUCGAUACUGGCAUCGAUCGUUGCAAGAGGUACUGUUAAAACUAUUCAAUGUAAUGAAGAAGUUGGAACUUGAAGGUGCAACAGGGCUUGUUACCACAGAAAGUCUGCCAUUCUGUCAAUGGUACGUGAAUCAAUGCUCUAUUCUAAUUUCUCCAGAUGCCGUUUUUUUUUUUUGUUCUUGCAAAUGUACCAGCUUCCUGAUGGCCGAGUUUCCGUUCUGCAAUACGUUAAAGGGGUGAAACCUUCAAGCCAAGCGCUUUAAAGACACCCAUCUUAAGGGGGGACACCACCCAAUAGGGUUAACUUUUUAACCUAUGGCUUAAUAUGAAUGAAAUUUAGAGUAUAUACAGGAAGUUGCAAGGCAGAAUGCAGUGCAAAGUUUCAUCAGUGUACAUGCGUUGUAAAAUAACUUGUAGUCAUUUUUAUCAGGAACACAUUGACUUUGUUUAGGAAAACUAUCGUUGGGAAACUAAUAAAAUACUGAACAUUUUUCUACUCCAGAUCUGCAGCAGAAUGCCUACAGAGUGCAGCUGUGAAAAGAAAAUUUCCAAAGGAAUUUACAUCAUGCUAACAUCGCAGUGAAAAAUCAAAUAAAUUUUUUUGCCUUUUAUGUCAAGCACAAAAUCUUAACAUCUUUUAUAAAAGACAUCCACCAAAGUCAAAAAAACAAUUCCAUAGUUGCACUGCCCAUAAAAUUCCACUUGGGAAAAACAAUAAGUGAGUCUUUCCUCUAGUCCCAUUAACAAACAAUAGUUUUCCUAAAAUGAAAUUUAUGCCAAAAUGUGGAACAGAGAAAAAUGUGCUCAAAGUGUUCCAACCCCUACCUUUUUUUUAGCUUCAAUGAACCGAAAAUAAUUUAUAAAAAAUUAACUAUGCGGUGUAAACUAAUGAAACUUUCUGGAAAUACCCUUCAGAUGCUGGUGGAUGUAAAUAUGACAUUUCUGAAACUCAACUUUUUUUGGAGAAAAUUUUUUUUCUGGGUAGUGUCCCCCAUUAAUGCGAAGCAAAGCUGCAUUAUUUUCUUUUUUUUAAAAGCGCUUUUGUUGCUAUUGGUUUAUCGUGCUUCUUUAGUUCAACUUGUUUCACCAUGCCUUCUCUAUACUGACAAAGCCCGGCAGAUCGCCACGAGACGCGACCGCCGAAAUAGAAAAGGUAGAGCGGCACACAACGGAUGAGAGAGCCAGGUGACGGGGGCCCUGCUGCGGUGAGACGCCAUAACACAGUUUUCACAAGCUAUGAAAUGUCUGCUCGUGAUCCUCGCGCUACCGCUUCUUUUCUCAUCGGGUUUGAAAAUCGUGUCCUCGCUGCUGCCAAAGCUAUGCGCCGACGACCAGGUUCCCCGAGAAAUGCUCAGAGCUACCAGAUCCUCGCGCUCCAAAUCUGCGACCAAGCACUCUAUGGCUCCGUCGUCGAACUGCCAGGCUUUGCGAGUACAGAGGAGGCUAUGGUUUCACACUCAGAGAAUUCAGCAGCCUUAUGAAACGUGGUUCGAGGCCACCGCUGUUUACAACUAUACUCCACUGCAUCUUACAAUAGACCACUGAGAACACUACGAGCCAUUGAAGCCAAUUAGAGAGCCAGUAUUACAGAGUGUCCAACCGCUCGAUCGGAGUCGCAUGGCUUAUGGAGUAGGUUUGCAAUAUGAGCAGCGAGGAGGCGACCUCGUUCAUUGCCUGCAAGCGCCCCUGCCCAGAGCCGUUUAUUAAGAGAGUUUGGCCAUUCAUUGGUUUGAAUAGGCGAGCAUCUCGUGGCCAACCACAGGCCGCAAAACAGCCCCCAGCGAUGCUUGCGAGCUCUAAAAAUGCGACGAAUGUCAGCCGUUUUAGCGUCACUAGAGUAAAAAAGGCAACUCUUGGUGACUGAAAACUCGGCGCGUGCGAGGUUUUCGUCAAGUCCAUAUUUAAUGGUAAAAUAAACGAACGCGUGUUUCGAACCAAAGCAAACUGCGUAGUUGCAAUCAUUGCUAGUGUAAUGUAAUGUCUUUAUUCGGCUCUGGAGAGGCAACAGCCCGUACCGUGGUGCCGCGUCUAAUGAACAUGCUAAUGCGAUGAGUAUAUACAUGCAAGAUAACCAGACGGAUUGUUGCUAUUUGAGAGGAUGCGAGUCUGAUUUGAAGAUGUCCACAUUUCGUUGAGGCAGGUCAGCAGCGGGCCAAGGAAAUCUGCAGCCUGUCAUUCGAUCUGUGCACGGUUGCACAAAGGAGCCUCAGGAGCAUGAUGGUGCUGUCGCUCACUGGGGUCGAAGCAUCAGGCUCCAUGGGGGUAGCCCAAUCAAAGCAAAAAGCUGCCGCCUCCGAGGUACCGAGGCCCAAGGCUUAGAUUGAGGCACCGCCGACACCCGGGGCGGCAUCCUCAUUGUCGUCAUCGUCGUGCUGCUACGUGAUUGAAUGCUGUUUUUCACGCUUUAAAUGUCGUUUCCAAUAUUGUGCCGUCCCGGUUUGCUGAUUGGUCGAUGCGUUGUCGCAUAUUUAGUUUAUGCUCUAACCGCGGGGGGAAUAUUCGGCACUGGUGGCGGCCUUUGCUCCUUCCGCCUAUCGGCCGAACUCUCCCAAUAUACGGCUCCGCCCCCACUUGCUUUCCUUCUCGCCACGCGACAACGCAGUGCAUGCGCGCUUGCGACCAAUCGUCAUGGGAGGCAUCCUCCAUUAAAUUGCAAACGCUCCCCAUGGUUUGAGAUGGACCCUAGCCUAAGCUCUCAAGAGCCAACCUUAUGCCGUGCGAGUGUCAUGUCACCAUCGGGAUGGGUGUAGAAACGCCCGGUGCGCGUAGUCACGUGACAUGCUCACAGCGCUGGAUUGGCUGGGAUGGCUUGUAGCGUCUGCUGUGGUCAGUCAAGGUGAAACGGAGCAUAUCUGGGUAACUCUUGGAGUGCAGGAGAAAGCUGCUUGCAGCGAGGUCGGUUGCAGACGAUGACGGACCUUUGCGACAGCACAAGCAAACACGAGAAACGCUAUAACAAACGUAACCAUGCAGUCACUAUGACAACGCAUUAAGCCACAGAAGAUAGAGCUUAGGUCAUGCAGCCCUCCUACUCUACCACGUCCAAACCAGUCAAAGCAGUCUCGCCAGUAAUCGGUGUUACACCACACUCAUCAGCAGCUGCCAUCUUUAAAUGAAGUUACCGGGAUUGGAUUGCAUCGUUGCAGCGAUUGAAAAUAACACAGACGUUUAAUAAUGAUAAACUUCAACAACAACAGAACAACAUAUUUGCCGCGAGCAUUACUGUGGCAUUACUGGCAUUAGCAACAUCGUGCAUCUACGCUUGGUUGCUAGAGUGGCUAAAGGUUGAAGUAGAGUAGACAGUUGGGCGAGUUGGUAGUUAUUGAACAUCGUGACAGUUGCGCACACAGGGACAAGGCCAGAGAAGAGGAACACGUAGACGACAGACAAGCGCACACUCACAACUCAUGUAUUAACGAAAGAAGAAAGUGGUACAGAACGCAGAAUCCGCUCAAGCGUUGGCCACACAGGCACGAGGGACCACAGGCCCAAGGGCUCGAGGGGGACUGUUAAAAUUACCCACACGAAAAUGAUUUUAAAAAGGCAAUUUCCUCCUCUGUUAAUGAAACAGACGGAAAGCUAACACAUCGCUCGCCCAUGCUUAGGAUAAUGAAAGCUUCAAAAAUCUCUCUGGUGUUUUUUUCUCGGUACCUGCCUAUUAUCUUGGUUUUCGCUAAGGAUGGCGUACAAUUACAGGAUUUACAGUGAAGGGGUAGAUGGCCCCCCCACCGUAGACUUUAGAGAGAGAUUGUGCUCUCGUAGCCGGUCGUUCACACACCGUCCGGUCUGGUUGAAGCGUGAGUAUGGCCACUGUGUGCGCGAAGUUGACCUUUUGGCGUGUUGCAGAGGCUGGGUCGCUGGGCGGCAGCGUGCUAAAGACACAUUUUCUGCUCAUUCACCGAAGAAGCUUUUCAAAACCUUGUGUAACCGGGGGAGGCACUCACUUGAUCGAAUGAUCGUUUUAGCAAACGCCCACAUUUCACCGAAUCACACUUUAGCGAAUAGUCGGACGCCGUGAGGCGGCGUUUUCGGGUGGGCCAAAUGGAUUCACACGCUGCCGCAGACUGUCGCCGCGAAGCUAACGAAGCGGCGUAGGCGCAGCGGAUGGGUUAAUGCGUGCCUCGUUAUUCGCUAAAACGUCGAUUCGCUCAAAUGUCGCUGUUCGCUAAAAAGUCAUUCGCUCAUGUGACAUGGACCCGAUACCAUCAAAAAUUGACGCCGUGUGGAUGUAUUAGUCCUUGGCGAAAGUUUUGAAUGUGUCACACGUCGAUGUCUUUGCCGCAUGCAGAAUCUUAAACAAUGCAGACCUCUUCAGUAUCACCUCCAAGGGAGACCACACGCCAAGUUGCCGAAAUCGGCUAACUAACAGCGCAGUCAAGGCCACGGCGUAGGCGUAGCCAACAUUGAGCUAAACGCAAUCCCCGAACGGCAAGUUAAUGCCUUGAAAGAGGCAAUGGGAGUGAAGCUGGAGGAGGCCAAGACAGAGAGAGCGGCCAUAGAAAGUAGGAUGUUGGCGAAGCUCGAAGAAGAGAGGACUUUGAGAAUAGCGGCGGAAGAAAAACUGAAAGCAAUAAUGCGGGAGCAAAGGAACAAGAGAGAAAAAUUAAAGGAGGUGUUUAAUGACUGGAUGAAGUCAUGUGAACCAGUGCAAAUGACGGUAAACGGGGUAGAAAACACGCCGCAACAGCUGGAGCCGGGAAACGGGGUCAAAGAAAAGAAGACAUACCACACAGACGGGAAAGAGACAGAUAGCUUUUCCCAAGAACGGACUGGAAGUGGAGAUCUGGAUAAGGAGCAGGAGGGACAGACGACUGGAGGCCAAACACAAAGAGGCCAGCACAGGAACUACAAGGAGGCCCUCAUGAGGCAGAGGGCAGACCCAGAUGGCGGGAAAAAAAAACAGGACAAAGAGAAGAUGGUGGACAAGAGAGUCUUAGUGGUAGGGGACACUAAUGCCUUCAAGAUAAAGAGAGCCAUGCUGAAGAUGGUAGAUUACGACAAGAAAGUUCACUUUGCGACUAAGCCGGGAGCACAACUGAGAGAGUCACUGGAAAGAGCAGAGAGGGAUGGGAAAAUAUGGAAUGCAGAGGCAGGGAUGGUGGUCAUACAUGCGGGAGUGACAGAUGUGCAAGGCAAAGAGUCGGUGGAAGAAACGGCAGCGGAGCUAGGGAAACGGCUUGAGGACUGGACCACGAGAGCCCCGAAACACUCUUUUAUGGUGUAUGAAGUCCCAGAAAUCAAAGAGAAGGGGGACCCACUUAGAGAGAGGUGCGCCAAGUGGAACAGGCUACCAAGAGAGAUCAGCCAGCAGCUGGGACCGAGGGUGGAGGUGGUAAAGAACACAGGAACGGGAAAUGGCAUGGAAGAUGGCUGUUACAAUAGAGAUGCGGCAAUUGAAGAGGGAAAAGCACUGGGAAACAGACUAAAGAGUUUUUUAGGACUGAAAUGCAAGGGGAAAAGCACGACACCGAUGAAAAGGCGACAGGAAAGAAUGGAAGGCAGGCUGACACUGGACCAGGGACCACAGUGACUCGAGGAACAACUCCAGAGGAUGUGUCCCCCACAGGGACAUGCCCACUAAAAAGAGAAAGUAGAAGAGAUGGUGCCUGCAACAACACGAGAGGCGGAAAACACAAAAAGGCACCAGACCAGGAAACAAGGAAAAACAGACGAGCAAAAAAGAAAUAGAGGGAGGUGAAGAUUGCCUUUCUAAACCUGCAGGGAGGAAGGAAAGCAGGAAAAUGGGAAGAGGCCUUUCAGAUGUUACAAGAUGAUAAGAGUGGAAUGUUCGCAGUCACAGAAACCCACCUUAGGGAUGAAGAAAGACCCCUGGAUUGCGAAGGGCUUUUUUGGGAUGGGGUAAACAGAGAGGGCAGUGAGAGAAGGGGAGGGGGGGUAGGAUGCUUUAGUGGGCCAGGCUGGCAGAGAGAAAGCCCAGAGUGCAAAGAGAACAUGUGGUUGACGGGGAUACUGGCGGGGAGAGAGGUGGCAGUGAUGUACCUGUGGACGGGGGCAGACAGCAGGGAGACAAACAUCGAGCUAAUCAAGUGCAUUGAAAAAGACUAUCACAACAUUGGGAGACCUACCAUUAUGGUAGGCGACUUCAACGCACACCUAGAGGAGUUCGAUGGGAGAACAGACGGUAAUGAAAAGCUGCUGCAGGACAUGGCGGAACACCUGGACAUGGUAAUCGUCAACACACAAGAUAAAUGCAUAGGAAAGAUGACAUGGACGGCCAGAGGGAUGAGCUCUACAAUUGAUUAUUGCCUGACGUCCCUGGACCUGUAUGGAACACUGAACUACAUGGAGAUAGACGAGGAAGGCAACAAGAGCUUGGGAAGCGAUCACAACAGAUUGCUGAUGCAGGCCAUAGAGAUCGCGCAGAGAAAGAUGCGUCCACUUUACCUCCGUUUCCUCGACAUCAGCCGGGCCUACGACUCAGUCGACCAUGAGGAGCUGUGGAGGCAGCUAGCAAAGGGGGGCUCGGAGGGGAGUGGAUCAACCUGCUGAAGGAAAUUUACAAGGAGACGACUAUGGUGGCACAGUGCCAAGAAGAGAUGACGCAUCCAGUAGCCAUCACCAAGGGUCUGAGACAGGGAUGCCCACUGUCGCCACUGCUGUUUACGCUCUACAUAGCAGGCUUCGAAAAGACUGCAGGACUGCGCCGAGGGCUUCACCCUGGGAUAUACGGAGACG